AUGUUUGAAUGUUUUAAAUGUAAAAGGAUUGUAAAUCAAAAGAUAACUAAUAAUGUUUACAAGGUUCCAAUAGUUACUUGCUCAUGUAAAAGUAAAAACUACCAUUUUUUAAGAGAUCAUCCGGAAAAUAGAUGUACGGAUAAACAAGAGAUAAAAUUACUAGAAUUAUAUUGUUUAGAAAAUUCGAAGUCACUAGAUGUAAUUCUUUAUGGAAGUUUUAUAUUAGAAAUUGGUCUUGGAGAUGUAAUUGAGGUUAUAGGAGAAGUGAAAUGUGAACUAGUAGAAGAAGAUAUAUAUCAAUUGAAAGUUGUAUGUAAUAAUUUAAAUAUUAAAAAGAAUACACUUCUACAAUAUAGUGAUAAUGAGGUUAUCACAAAUGUAAUAAAGAAAAACCCACUCUUUAAUGUUAAGGAAAAUAUUAUGGGAAUAUUGAUAAGUAAUAUUUUUAGUUCUAUUGUGGGACAUGAACAUGUAAAGGUAGGAUUGUUAUUAUCAUUAUUUGGAGGAACACAAAAAUAUGUGGGGUUUUCUGAUACGAGAUCAGAAAUACAUGUUUUAAUUGUGGGUGAUCCAGGGUUGGGUAAAAGUAGAAUGCUAUUAAGCUGUUUAGGUAUUAUACCAAAAACGUUUUAUAUUUCAGGUGGUUCUAUUUCUUCCUCUGGAUUGACUAUUUCUGUUAAUCAUGAUCAAGCAACAGGGGAAUAUAUAACCGAAGCAGGUGCUUUGAUAUUAUCAGAUAAUGGAAUUUGUUGUCUUGACGAAUUAGGUAAAAUAACUGAACAAUCAACUUUAUUUGAAGCAAUGGAAGAUCAAAUUGUUACAAUUACAAAAACAGGAAUUGUUUGUACAAUACCAGCUAAGUGUACAAUUAUAGCAGCUGUUAACCCUAAACACGGUCGUUUUAACAAAAACAAAACCUUAAAUGAGAAUUUAAACAUAGACACAUUUUUGUUAUCUAGAUUUGAUUUGAUCUAUAUUUUAAAAGAUGAAAUGAGUGGGAAAGAAAACUACGAAAUGUACAAUCAAAUUAUAGAUAGAUGUAAAUAUACUGAUAGUAAACUAAUAUCAUUUGUUAAGAGAAGGAAUGAAUUUUAUGAGGAAAGUGAUUUAAAGUACACCUUAUCAGACAUCAGACAAUAUAUAGAUUACGCUAGAUCAACAGUUUAUCCAAUACUAAGCAGUAUAGCAAAAAAUAAGAUUAAAGAAUUUUAUCAAAGUAUAAAAUUAGAUCAAAAAAAUACCGUUAAUAUUAGUGUUUUAGAAACAUUAAUGAGAUUAACUGAAUCAAUAGCCAAAUUAGAGUUAAAAACGGUAGCUUCAGAGGAACAUGCAAUAGUUGCAAUAAAACUUUACAAGAAAAUUUAUCUUUUUAAAGACAAUGAGGGUAAAAACUUUAAAAAGUUUAAAAUUGAUGAUUUAUUAAAGGAUUAUGUGAAUAUCACAGAAAGUGAUUUAAUUAACAAAGAUAAAUUGGUUGAAUUAAUAGAGAAGACAAAUGUUAAAAAAUCACCUAAUGAAUUGAUUGAGAUUUUAAAUUAUAGAGGUAUUUUAAUAAAGAAAGGUAAGGAUGAAUACAAAAUAAAUUUUGUAUAA